CCUUGCGGUUGCUCUGCAAGUCGAUGUUGGCUUUAUCGCGAGCUGCUCGUUAACGGAAGUCGUUGAGUACGUGUAUGAUUGGCUGCUUAUAGCAGCAUCGUGUAUUUGGUGUCUUGUGACUUGCUAUUGCUGCUUCUGGGAGAAAUUUGGAGCGCUCAACGAACGAGACCGCACCGCGCUCGUCCACGCUGAAACAAGUUGGAACUUUAUCCAGGGUUACCACUCAUGCUGACUUAGUGGCCACAACAGAAAUUCGUUUUUGGUUCGGAACCAGUCGAGCAUAACCGUGUGUGGCUCCCGGCUAACAGAAACUCAAGGUGAUGACUUCACAAUCCAGCUGCCACCAUGUGAUAGCUGCAGCCAAAGAUGUGUAAGAAAAUAGGUCAAGUCCACUCAAGUGCCCCGUAAUAUGCAGAAUGGCAUACAAGUGCAGCAUAUUGCAAGCAGUUGCCAAAGCUUUGCCUCAGUUCUUGAAGCAUGCAUCUGCUUAUAGUCAGAUGAAGAGGCCAAAGGUGAAGAAAUGUCUCAAAGAAAUUGAACAAGCCAAGAACUGUCUCAAGAGUGUGACACCAGAACAUGAAGGUGCACCUGUUCUCCUCCUUGCCCUGUUUGACGAGGAUGAAGAGCUCAUCUACAAGACUGUUGAGGAGACCGCCCAUGAUGAUGACUUGGGAGACAUGCCAGUGACGCCCAUAAUAUUUGAGUGUCUCCUCGUUGUUGUCAAACCACACCAACGCGGACCAGGUCUCUUUGAGGCAGAAAUGUUUACUGUCUGUGUGGAUGGUGUUGUGAUAUUGACUACUCAGCGGGCUGCAGCUUUCAAAGUCAUGUUCCUCUUAUACUUCGUUCUUAACAUAGAGUAUCCACCUGAAGUGGCUUUGACACUGGAGUUUGUGCAGAGGGCAAUCGCGGGCAUCAACCCGGAAAGAAGCACAAAGGCACGACGAACGUCGAAGAAGCAGUAUUGUUUGUCGCCAAAAGUCGCUGCCUUGGCAAAUGCCCUGGAUCAAUACAAGUUCGAAGCUUGAGUUUGACCUUUAAUAAACAGUAAAAUUUGGAAGUUCAAA